AUGUCUGCGCCUGGCGGGGCCCCGAGCCCUGCUCCCCGAACUGGGAGUAUGGGCUCCGGUGCUGGCGGCUCAAUGCCUCCUCAGCAGCAGAUGGCUACGACGCCUGUUGGGGCGCCUACACCGGGGCCUCCUCCACCGCCGCCCAGUGGCGCGAUGUCUCAGCAAAACCUGAAUCAGAUUGUCAUCGACUAUCUGGCCAAAAAGGGCUAUAGUCGCACGGAAGCUAUGCUUCGGAUGGAGUCUGCAAACCAGGAGAUUGACGGCCGGCCGUUACCUCCCUUGGGGGAGGAUGCGCGUCCGAAGUACAGGAUGGGUUUCGAUUUGAUCAAGGUCUGGGUUGAAGACAAUCUGGACUUGUACAAGCCUGAGCUCAGACGUGUCUUAUGGCCGCUCUUUGUCUAUUCAUUUCUCAAUAUGGUGACCUCUUUCUAUGCUCCAGAGGCUCGCCAGUUCUUUGAUGUCAACAAAAAUCUUUUUUUACCCGAACACACCGAGGAUGUACGAGCCUUGGAGCCUAUCAGCCUACCAGAGCAUGUGCAAGAAAACUCAAUUGCCAAAGUCUACCGUGGCAACAAGUAUCGCCUGGUGCUUAGCAACCCCGCAUUUGCCAAUCUAAUGCAGUUCCUUGAGAGCAAACAGAAGGAAGGCGGGUCCGUCAUGUCGGCUAUUCUUAGCAGUUUUUGCACCAUCAUUACCAAGGAACGUGCCGUUGAUGAUAGGUUCAGCUUUGCGGCAAUGCUUGCCCAGGCUGGUAUGGGCCAGAGCUUUCCCACAGAAGACGAGGGUAUUCCAGGGCACCACCCCGGCUCUGCAUACACGGGUGAUAACCCUGCUAUGGCUGGAGCCUUGACCCGGCUGAAACUGGGGAGACUUCCUAUGGAGCAGGCUCUUGAGGGUGAUGUCCGUGCCGAGUUAGCGGAUGAGGAUAUGAAGAACCCACCGGGGCCUGGUCAAAAUACGUUGGUCCAGGAAUUUGACCAGAUCAUCAAGAAAGAGGAUGACGAUGAAGCCCCCACGCGCGCGGAUAUCCCGUACCCUCCAUCUACUGCGCGGGAUGUGGCUAUGGAAGUUCAAAAGGUCAAGGAGAACCGUGACCGGUUUCGCAUCGAAUCGAGAACAGGUGGUGUUGGUCCUGCCGUUAGUGUCUGCAUGUUUACUUUUCAUAACACUUUCGAUGGGGUCAACUGUCUGGACUUCUCGGAUGAUAAUAUGCUCGUUGCAGCUGGCAUGCAAGAGUCAUACAUCCGAGUUUGGAGCCUAGACGGAAAGAAGAUCACCUCACAAUACGAUAACGCGGAUGACCACCCGUCAAAUUCGCGCCGUCUUAUUGGACACUCCGGGCCAAUCUAUGCAGUCGCAUUCGCCCCAUCAGCUACCAGCACCGACAGCGCCGUCGCUCCCACAAACGCCCGCUGGCUCCUUUCCUCCUCCGCAGACAAAACCAUCAGACUCUGGUCCCUCGACCUCUGGCAGUGCAUGGUCGUAUACAAAGGCCAUGACCAACCCGUCUGGGAUCUCCAAUGGGGUCCAUUUGGGCAUUACUUUGUAUCUGGCGGCCACGAUAAGACCGCCCGUCUCUGGGUGACUGAUCACAUCCGACAACAACGCAUCUUCGUCGGCCACGAUCAGGACGUCGACUGCGUCUGCUUCCACCCUAACUCCGCAUACGUCUUCACCGGCAGCUCCGACCACACCGUCCGCAUGUGGUCCGUCACCACAGGUAACGCAGUGCGCCUGUUCACAGGUCACACAGGCAACAUCACCGCCCUCGCCUGCAGCCGCGACGGCAAAACCCUCGCAUCCGCCGACGACCACGGCUCCAUCCUUCUCUGGGACCUCGGGCCCGGUCGAUUGCUCAAGCGCAUGCGCGGCCACGGGAAGGGCGGCAUCUGGUCGCUUAGCUGGAGCGUCGAGUCCAGUGUCCUUGUAUCCGGCGGCGCAGAUGGCACAGUUCGUGUCUGGGACGUCACUGGUCCCUCGCAGGACUCAUCACAGGGUCGCGUCGUUGGUGAAGGCGGCGCCGGGACAAAGAUCGAUGGCACCGCUACGACAACAACCAGCACGCAAACCUCCAGCGCUGUCGGUCCAGGCAUGGGCAAGAAAAAGGGCAAAGACGUCGUCGUUACCCCAGAUCAAAUCAGCGCGUUCCCGACGAAGAAGAGCCCCGUGUACAAGGUCAAGUUCACUAACAUGAACUUGAUUAUUGCUGGUGGCGCUUAUCUACCCCUUACCUGA